CUGGGUUCACGGUGGACGGCGGAAAGUCGAUGCGUAUGAAGUCUAAAACGGCCCGCGUCUGUGAUAGAGGAGAAUAUCGCGAGCCUACGGCAAUUUUUUAUAUUAAAGAACUACAUUCAUAGGCCAGUAGUGACUCAUGAACAACGUGGCAUUGGUAAACUCUGUCUUGAUAUUUUUAAAAAGAGAGUUCUUCCCUAUGUUCCAUCCUUUUGUAUGAUAUUGACUGCUAGGUUCCGUAGUCAGGCUCCUUUACAUUUUUUAAAUCAAGAAACCGCUCUCCUAAAGGAGGACUUUGAGAUUAAAGAUACAUAAAGCAUUUUGCCAUUAACUUCACUCCAGAAUUAUAACCGUUUAUUAAAUAACCCCAGUGUGUUUGAUAGCAGCUUACCAUGAGCCCAUGAUUCUAUUACCAACAUAAGUGAGAUACCUAAGGAGAUUUGGUGGUGUGCAUGUGUGGGCUGAAUGAUGGAGGAAGUCCAAGAAUUAGAUGUUGAACUGCUAAUCAGUUUAGUAAAGGACAGGCCAGUUCUAUGGGAUAAAAGCCUAGAUGAAUACAAGUCCCGAGCAGAAACCACAGCAGCGUGGAGGGAGGUAUGCAAUAUAUUGAAUGAAGACUUUGAGUAUCUCAGUGAUGAAGCUAAAAUCAAGUAUGGUAAACUUAUCUCUACAAAGUGGACUAAUGUUCGAGACUGCUACAAAAAAUAUUUAAAGAAGCUCCAAGAAAAGAAGAAAACAGGAUCCAAGGCAAAUUCCUUCAAAAAAUAUGUUUAUAGUGACCAGAUGUCAUUCCUGCAAAAGAACAACAUGAGAAAGGAAAUGGUUCCAAGUGUGGAAGUUAACAGAGAAGAACUUGAUGACAAUGAACAUGGGAUCAACAAUCCUGAAGGCAGCCUUUUUGUGAAGAAAUGGACCAACAACAUCAAUGACAGCUGGCCGAGCACACAAAGGAAGAUGCUGGAUCAAAAGAUAUCUGAUGCUGAUGGGAAAACUGGCAAGUAUGCAUGUGAGCAACAACUUGCCUUUACGAAGAAAAAUAGAUUACCCAAGGAAAGCCUGUCUAAUUUUAUGCUUGAGAAUGCAGAACACAAUGAGAAUGAAAUAAUAUCACAGAAUGGCUCAGGCCCAUCUGAAGAAAUCAGUCCUGCACAACCUACAAGAAUGAAUAAGAAAAGAAAGUUAGACGGAAUCGAACAGAAAAUACUUAAUACCUUGGAAGCUCCGGAAGAUCGCCACCUUUGCUUUUUUAAAGGUAUUAUUCCUUCGCUAGAAAAAUUUAGUGAAGAGCAAAUUAUAGAGUUUCAAAUAGGGGUUUUGAAAGUUUUGCAAAAUGUAAGACAAGGCCUACUGUCUUGGGAACCACCGGAUAUAUAUACAUAACCCCAUUGUAUCACAGAGAUGCACUGACAUCACUACAACAUUCCUCAGCACCACUGACUAAACAUUAAGUCAGGAGGAAACAAAAGCCAAUAUCAUGAUACUUACCGCUUCAAACACUUCUGAUAUGAAAUAAUUUAGUUUUGCUGUUUUUUUUGUCACUAAAUUCAUAUUUAUUCACUUAGAUAAUACUACAAUAUAUGAUAUAUAUUAUCAUAUAUUUUGUUUUAUUGCUGAAUGGGUAUAUGUUUACUUCUCAUUUUUAAUACUUAUUUAAUUUAGUGAUGUACUGAUAACUAGUUUACACCAUAAGAAAAUAAAAGGUUUUAUUUUGUCUUA